AUGGAUAAAGAUUGUUAUUUAAUUAAAGAAAGAAUAUCUAUAUUAUUAUUACAAAAGAUUAUUAGAGAUAUUGGCAAUGUAGAUUUAUUGUGUCUAUUGAUGACUUGCAAGUCAUGGUACUAUGACUUUAGAUUAAAGUAUAGUAAUUUAAUAACAUUCAACGAUCAGUUGGAUUGUAUCGACCCAACGGCAUUCAUGACAACAGCCAAUAAAAAGUACUUUAUCACAAAUACUUGUACUAUGAAUGCAUUCCUACCAAUCUAUAAUAAUACAAUAUCAUCAACUAUAUUAAUAGAUGACAAUAAUAAUUGUAAUAAUAAUAAUAAUACAUUUUCAACUGCAUUCAUCAAUUUAAAAGAUUCCUCCUCCUCUUCUUCUUCUACUACUUGUUUAACUACAACAUUGAAACAUUUAUAUGUUUAUGAAAUGAAAGAUUUAAAAUUAUUUGAUACUUUAGAACCAAAUAGUUUGGAAACAUUAAAAUUAAAACAAUCAUAUGAUUCUACUUCAUCCUCUUCUUUACUUGAACAACAAAAACAAACAAUUAAAUCACUUCAAAUAGUAUAUAGUGAAGGUUUAAAGUUUAAUUUUCCAAACCUUACAUCACUAGAAAUAUCAUUUAAUGGUUGGGGAGAGGAGAAAAAAGGGUUUUUAUUCCCAAAUACUUUGGUAUCACUUGACUUGUCGAUUCAGUCUUGGGAAUCUGGUAAUGCAUUCAAUUUAAAAAAUUGUAUUUCUAUGCAAUCUUUGAGGAUUGUUAAAACAAACAAGCGUGAUCCAGCUGGCAAAAAGAAGAGAAGAGCUCGUGCCCAAGACUGGCUUCCACCAUUUUUAAAAUCUCUUCAUCUCACAGAUGAGGAGGAUUACCCAACCAUUCUUCCUACAACCUUGACCAAACUUUCAAUGGCCAUUGACAAAAAAGGAAUGCCAAACAAUUAUCUACCACCAAAUCUUUGUCACCUAAAACUUUACCAUUAUCACAAAAAGAUUGUUAUUCAAGAUACACUCAUCCCCAAUGGAUUGGAAAAGUUUACUUUUGUAAAUGUCUACAAUGUCAAUAGUUUAUCAUUCCUUCCAAGUUCAUUGAAAAAAAUCGAUCUACUUACAUUGGAUCAUAAAAAGACGGAAAGAGGUUGGUUAUCUAAAUUCAACAAUCUUGAAAAAUUAAUGAUUCGAGAAUCUUUUCAAAUGGAUUUUCCACCAACCAUCAAAAGUGUACAUUAUCAUAGUAUAUCCACCGGUCCACUUUAUAUACCAAUUACAUCAACCAAACUUUCCAUUACAAUUCAAGAUUCAAAUCAAUCAUUGGAAAAAUUAAAUAUUAAAAUUAUUGACAACCAAAAUAAUAAGAAAAAAGAAAAAGUUAAUAAUAAUAAUAAUCUUUUUCAAUUACCAAAUCUAAGAAAAUUAUAUAUUGAAAUUGAAGAUGAUCAAGGUGAUAGGUUUAGAAUUGAUGAUAUCAUCACAAAGUCAAAUAUUCAAACCAUUAUAUUUUCAACAUUUAUGUAUACUAGAAUUGAUAUUAGACGAUUGGGUGGCGAUCAUAUCCUAUUGAUAGAUAGAAAUACUAUCCUAGGUGGAAUAAUCACUUUAAAAAAAGAUAAUAAUAAUAAUUAUCAACCAUUAUUUAUCAAAUUUAAUAGACUACUUCAAAAUCCUAAAAACCUUUAUAUUUCAUUUACAAACCAACCAAAAUAA